GACAGGAGGCACUUCAGGCAGAACCUGCACACCCGGCAGUGGGCCCAGCAGAUGCAAUUCCAGUUGAGGUUCCGGUGGCAGUGGAUGAGAAGCCCAAGGUUGUUGUGAAUGGUGUUAGCUUGGAUGAGGAUAGCACCAACAAACAGAUGCGAGAUGCUUGCAAAUUUCUUGAGCUGCCCACUUCUGGAGACAAGGGCAGGUUGUGGAAGCGUUUGGUCGCCUACUUCAUGCAGAAGGAGCACGAGGCAGCACUGGAGGCGGCUAAGGUUUUGUAUCGCGAAGCAGAGAGAGUUCCAGAGGCUCGACCAUUUGCAAAAGAGCCCACCGUUGAACAAAGAGCUCUGCAUAGCCUGACACACACCCCAAAGGCUGACUGGUGUGAUGCAUGUGUCAGUUGCAGAUCCAGAGAAGACAACCAUGGAGAGAGGGUUACAGAUGAGCCGAAACAAAGGCUAGUCUUUCAGUUGGAUUACAUGUUCAUGUCUGAUGACAAUUCCACUGAGCAGAAGGCUGGAUGUUUGACCUGCUUGGUGAUGGCGGAAUCUCAGUUUGGCAGUAUCUUGGCGAUUCCUUGCAAGCAGAAGGGUGCGAAGAGUCUAAAAUACUGUGUCGAAGAAAUUGUUCGCCAUACGAUGCUUUUCCAGGACCAAAGACCGAUUUUCAGGUCAGAUGGAGAGCCGGCAACAAGACAGCUUUUGCGGGCAAUACAGACAUGCAGGUCGAAGUUAGGGCUUGCAACUGAGGUUGACAUUGCAAAUUCGAAGCAGGCGAACGGCGCAGCAGAGAGAGCAGUCAGGACGUUGCGGCGUGGAGCUCUGACGCUGAUGCACCAGUUGGAGACGAAUUACCAAAUGAGACUUCCUGUCACACACAGGUUGACUGCAUGGGCACUCAGGCAUUGGUCGUGGCUGCACAACCGAUAUCACGUUCCUCAGCAUCGGGCACUGAAGCAAACUGCGUAUGAAGCCAUGUGUGGACAGCAGUAUCGCAACGGCAUUUGUGUUUUUGGGGAAGUUGUGAUUGCAAAACCCGAGCACUACCACAAGAAUCAAUCCUGGAAACCUUGUGUUUGGGUAGGUCGCUCAACCAGUUCUGACAGGAACAUUGUGCUCGAUGGAGGAGGAGCUCAUGAAGUUCGUACAGUACGGCGCAUCCCUGUCUGCUGGAGGCCAGAGGUUUUGCAACUAGCUAGAGGGAUGCCAUAUGACAACAAAGACAGUGCGAUCAAGACAACGUACAUUGGCGCACAGCCUGUUCGUAUUGCAGAUGCAGAGCGAGAUGCAAUAGGAGACGAAGCAGCUUCAGACCCUGAGAGUGUGGAUGAGCCUGGAGUGGAUAAGGUUGGAGAUGAGGUUGCUAUUGGUUUGGCGUUGGCGGUGAAGCCUGAGGGUAAGCAGCCCAUCGUUCCUGGAAGGGUACCUCCACCAAAGUCGGCUGCGGUUGCAAGCACUGCAGGUCCUCAGGAAAUGGUACCAGCCCCGGGCGCUCCACAGCUGUAUUCGUCAGUGCCUGAGACACCGGUAACGAGUUCCGCUGGAGCGGCAAGUUCCUCAGCACCGGCCCCAAUUAUUCCAUUGCAGCCCGGUGCGACACGUGAGGCUCCUGAGCCUGACGAGGAGUCUAUGAGGUCGCCUAAGGCAGCAAAGACAGCUAGCCCGAAGAAGGCUAGAACUGAAGCAGAUGUGAGGCAUGUUGAGAAGUAUCCUGAUGAAGAUGAAGGUGCAUUUGAUUUGAGUGAUUUGCAGUUUGAUGAGACUUUGGAUGCAUAUGAACCCGAACCUUGCUUGCGAGAAGAGAGACCGCCCGAGUUGGCACCAGAGGAGUUGAAAGCUUUGGAUAUUGUUUCAGACAGAAAAGAGAUUGAAAGACUCUUGAAGAUGGGCGUGAUGGUGCAAGUAAGCGAGGAGGAGGCCAAGGACCCCAAAUAUUCCUGGAUGUCCACAACAGUGGCUCGAGAUUGGCGUUGGAGGGAGCAGAGAUGGCAGAGGAGAAGUCGUCUAGUCGCUCGCGAUUACAAGGCCGUGGACCCUACAAGGGAAGGGCUCUUCAGCCCUGCUGCUGGCGUAAAUCUGGCACGGGUCAUUCCGUUUGUGGCCAUGAUGGAGCAGCAGCCCACGUAUGUUUUGGAUAUCAAGGACGCAUAUCUAAUGUGUGACCAGCCGCGGCCCGUGCUUAUUUCAGCGCCGAGUUUUCUUCCUGAGUUUGCUGGACAGAUCUGGGAGCUAAAGAAAUUGUUGCCAGGACAAAGAGAUGGUUCCAGUGUCUGGUUUGGCAAGGCACUAGGACUGCUUCGGGAGGCGGGGCUUGACAAUCUCCCUGAGGCGCCGAAUAUUUUCCGAGGCGUGGCUGAGAUGAGCAGUAUCAGAUUGACAAUUCAUGUGGAUGAUGUUUUGUUUUGCGGUUGCAAGGAGGAGGUGAACAGACUGCUGGAGGUUUUGGAGAAGGAUGUCACUUUGGUCGUGGAAGGUCCUUUCGAUCUGCCUGGCCAAGAGUACAAGUAUUUGAAGAAGCGAUACCAACUUACUGAAGAUGGGCUGGUGAUUCGACCUGACCGAAAGCAGCUGGAGAAAAUUGUGGAAUGUAUGCAGCAACAUGGCAGAGUGCGAGAAAGGCAAAUUCCCUGCACUCCAGAGAUAUCCGAGGUGGACAAUAGCGAGGCGUUGGACCCAUAUUUGCAUUCCAUUUUCAGGAGUGUAGUCGGACGGUUGCUGUAUGUGUACCCAGAACUGCCAACAGCCCAAUUUGCAAUCAUUCGGCUUGCAGGGAAAAUGUCGUGCCCGACGGUGAGAGAUUUCAAGCAUUUAGAGUAUUUGACUGGAUAUCUAAUUCAUGUCAUGGACUGGGGAAUCAAGUUUCAGCGUCGACCCUGGUCACAUUCAAUCAUGUAUGAGGGAGUUGCUGGAAAUGUGAAUCUUGAAGAAGCCAUAGUGGUUGAAUGCAUUUCGGAUUCAGAUUGGGCAGGUUGUAAAACACUGCGAAGGUCCACAAGCAGUGGGAUCAUAUGCGUAGGACAGAAUGUACUUUUUCAGUAUGUGAGAUCGCAGAGGACAACAGCACUCAGCUCUUGUGAGUCUGAGUACCUGGCCAUGGCAUCAGUGGUUAGCGAAGGAAUUUUGGUGGGAAAGGUUCUGAGCUUUCUCACUGGAAGAGAGCACAGCUUGGUUGCGAGGUGUGAUUCUUCCUCGGCCAGGUCUCUUGCGAUGCGAAGCGGUGUGGGUCGCAUCAGGCACCUCAGUGCCCGUGUGAUGUGGGUGCAAGAGUUGACAAGAUCUGGCUUACUCCAAGUCAGGUCAAUUCCAACACUGGUUAACCCAGCUGAUGUUGGGACGAAGCCGUUGACAGCCAAGAGGAUUGCGGUCCUGGCCAACUUGAUUGGCUUGGUUGACAAGGACGAGACGCCCCUGGGCAUUGAGGAAGCUCUCGAGGUGAAGGAAAAGAUGGAGCACAAGAAGCUCAUUCGCAUGGUGGUGAGAACAGCUGAGCAUGAAGCGCAUGAAGUUCGGCAGGUCACAGCAGGUGUACCCACUUCAGCUCGAACGAUGCUGAUGAGUAUUCUUUGCAGCUUGCUGGUGAGAGACUCUGCAGGACAGACAUGCGUCGAGCAUCAGGAGAAGCCUCAGAAGCCUUGGUUGGAGAGUUGGUUGUAUUGCUUGUAUGCAGUCGUGGUACUUGCAUUGCUGAGCUUGAUUUUGUGCUUGCUUGUGAAGUUGGACAAGAAAGUGGAGAUGCAGACCAGCGCAGUUGCUAAAGCUCUCCAAAGGCGUUCGGACAGCUUCAGCCCCGAGCCCUCUUGGGAACAGAGCGGUUUGGUGUCUCCAGGUUCUGGAGAUCGAGCUCAACAACUUGAACCGGUUUCUGGUAAGUUCAAGGAAGCAGCUAUUGCCGGAGUUGAGUACCGGCCUGAGCACCCGCAAGAUGAGACUUCCGAAGAUGAGUUCUCAGAGGACUCUGUGAUUCGUCGGUUGCGUGAGGAUGACGGCAUAGACCACAACACAGGUGAGGGAAUUCCACCUCCCUGGGAUGGUUCACCAAGUGAGCCAAUGCCGGAUUGGGUGCGGGAAAUGAGGGACAGAACUUUUGCAGAGGACGCCAAAUCUGCGCGUGAUGCUUCUGGAGAUGGUGUGAAGGAAGUGCGCAAUGCGGAUGGCGAGACAGAUGGAAGCAAUUUUGUUCUGUGAAAGCAGAUGCCGAAGGCUUGGGUCAAUGACAGAAGCCGCAGGAGGAAAAGAUGCAAAUUUGUUUUCACUGCAGAUUUGGAGUUUGCAGAUGAGACGUUUUUCCUUUUCCAGAUGUGCAAUCUGGCAAGUCGCCAGAUGCGGAUUUCUUUCCAGAGUGAGCCCAAUGGGCAUGAGAGGCGGAUGUACAGAAAGCCUGUUGAAAGGCAAAAGCAGGUUCCUGAAAGGAACGCUCUUUUGAGGCGGGGUGACAAUUGUUUGUGAACCCCUACAUGUACCCUAGGUAGGUGCGUAUAUACCCCAGGACACUGUAUAGGGACUCCCUAAGUUUUCAUGUCCUGUUUUCAUGUUUGCAUGACAGAAGAGUUGUCAUUGCUUGGUACACAUGUACCUUCUCGGCCUUAUGGCUAUGUAUCUGAGCCUUUCGGCCCCGGAG